CCAAUGUCAGGGCGUUCCCUGUCAAAAUCUGUACCUGAAAGGGAAAGCUGCUUCGCAUGUUUUUGUUGCAAUUACGCUUGUGGAACUUUGCGUGUGCUGUGUCAUUGAAGUAAAAGCUUGACCUUACAAUGCAGUAUGCUUUUUUUUGAAGUGGAUUGAAAUAUAGGGGCAUGAGAGCUGUAGUGCAUCUGAUACAGGAUCCUGUAUCAGGUGAUAUCCGGAUAUCACCUGCGUCAGUUUAAAGGCGGCCUCUUUGUCUGCGGGCAAUGCGAGUCAUAACUGCUGGACCAGUCAUAUAUGUUGUGUCACAGCUUGAUCUCUGGACGUCAUUUGGCGUUCUGUUAGCUGCACCUGCUUUCUUCGAAGGAUGAUGGGUUGAGACGCAUUUUCAAUUAUGACUGGUAAAUUGUUGCUUUGCAUGAUAUGCCUCUGAGCGCAGCAUGAAGAAGCCGGUUGUCAGUACUACUGGGAGAUCAGCAGAGGAGAAAUUUGGAGAGCCUAUAGGAAGAAGUGCACACAGCGUGCUGAUGCAAUUGAGAUGGCUUACAAGUUCAGCAUACUGCGUUCUGCAUUAUCUAAUCUUGCAGCCUGAUCUCAAGUAUGCCAAGCAUGCUCUUUCCUCCUGCGAAGGGAUGCUUAUUUUUUGUGAUCUCAUGAUGAUUUUGAUGUUCGGCCUAGGCCUGCUGGUGUUGCCAUGCUAUAGAAGUCUUUGACACUUUAUAUGGUCAUUGUGAAACAAUCAUCGGAAGUGCAGACAAAGCUUCAACGGUUGUUUGCAGUAUCAGAAAUGUUACUAACUUUACU